AGAUACCUCGUGCUUACAAUAACAUCAGGUAUCAGCAGUAAUGCUAGUUUUCACGGACUCGUCGAACAGAUAUAUGAAGCAAAAUGGUGUCCUUGAGAUUGCUAUUGAGCACCGCUGUGUUAUUCGCCGUUAAGGUGAUCAGCAGUGAUUUUGACUGCGAAACAUCCUCUGUCAAUGACAAUAUACCGUUCGAUGAAAUGGCGCCAAUAUUUUAUAAGAUCGACCUCAAUAUAACAAAUAACUCAGUAAUUCUUGGCCACUCCAACAUCCUACUUAAAGUUCAUCAUACAAUCAGACGCAUCAGUUUACAUGCUAAUGAAUUGAAUAUAACUACUAACUCGAUAAUGCUUAACACCAUAAACACGAUGGCCGACAUACCAAAUAUAGGAUACAUACCUUAUCAGAUUAAUUAUUGUUCCAUAUCGCAAAUUUUGGAGUUGAAUUUUAAAGAUGAUAUAUAUCCGGGAAUGUACGACUUAAGCAUAAAUUUCCAGUUGCCUGUUAACUUGUCUUCGUAUGAUAAAUUCUUCUGGUUGUCUACAAUACAAAAUGAGUUGAACUCACCGCGCAAUGUGUUUCCAUGUUGGGAUAAUCUGGGGGCAAACGCACGUUUCAUCAUCUCAGUGAAACAUUCUAAGUAUCAAAAUGCUUUAUCAAAUAUGCGAAUAUCACGCAUAGUUUUCGAUGAAAACGAAACGGAGACAAAUUUCGCUGAGACUCCCAUAAUAGCUCUUCGUAAAGUGGCAAUUGCAGUAAUCGAUUAUGCAAUUGACAGACAGACUAAUUUAACUUCUGAGGAGAUUAUAUGGUGUCGACCGGAAGUGGACGACUAUUUAAAAUAUUUUAUUUUCGCUAUUGAAGAGUGCAAAACUACAUAUAAGACGUAUAUUGGAAAGACAUUUUAUAAAACAACAAAAUUUAAAUCAGACCAUGUCUUAGUGCCGAAUGCUCCAAUGAAAAUUAUGGGAUAUCCUGGACUCAUUAUUUACAGAGAACAAGAUUUUACCUACAAUGAAGAUUCAGACUAUCCUGGUCAUAAGAGCAACAUAUUGAACUUAGUAGGACAAGAAAUGGCGCGUCAAUGGUUCAAUAGAGAGACCAGUCCGCCUUCGUGGGCUGACGUUUUGUUUAACGAGGUCAUCGCGUCGUUUCUCAAUCAUAUUUUGACAGAGAAGCUGCAAAAUAAGACGAUACAGGAUCUUUACGCGGUUCAAAUGAUGCAGUCUGCUUUUCAUCACGAUUCUGCUCUCAAAAUAAAACAUGUCUUACAUAAAAUUGACAGUGCUGAUAAAAUUGAGAGGGACCUUUAUUUUCGCAUGUAUUGCAAUAAAGGAGCCGCCUUGAUCCGAAUGUUGUAUUAUUUAUUCAGUCCGAACGACUUUCACACUGCUAUGCAGAUGUAUUUCACCCAUAAUAACUAUACAGGUUCGUUCGAACUCACCAAAUUAUGGAAUGUUUUGCAACGCGUCCUUGAUAUGAGAGAUAAGAAAUGGGUCUUUUCGCUUGACAAAUUAACGGACAUGUGGCUAAACCUACAGUCUUACCCUGAAGUGUAUGUUGAUCGUCUGUUUUCUAAUAACUCAGUGAUCAUUUCAAAACACGACACCAGCAUAAUACCUAUAACUUACAUCACGCAGUCGAAUCUCAUCUCUGGUCUUACUUGGAAUUUUACUUGGCUCUCUGGUAAUGAGAAAAAAAAUAUCUCCGGGAUCGCUGAAGAUGAUUUUAUCUUAAUUAACAUGGAACAAACUGGAUAUUAUCGCGUCCACUACGAUUUCGACAGUUGGCAGAGAAUUUAUUCUUAUCUAAAGUCUAAAGAUCACACCGUCAUACACGUCAAUAAUCGUGCUCAACUCAUUGACGACGCGUUUUAUUUUGCGAUGCAGCGAAGACUCAGUCCUACUUUCUUUAUGAGUCUCAUCUUGCAUUUAUUGGAUUAUGAAACGGAUUAUAUAGUGUGUUAUCCUGUAUUCAACAUCUUAGCGAGGAUGUCGACUUAUUUCGAAUUACCAGAAGGUCGAUCAUUCAAGGGAAUGAUGGGGGAUUUUUUAGCAAGUCUUUUGACGAGAAUAGGAUAUGAAGAACGUUCUGAUGAAAGUGAUAUGACGAAAUCGUUGAGAUUAUUAGCAGUAAGAUGGGCUUGUAAAUUGGAUUCUCUACGAUGCAAGAAUGCCGCCCGGAUUAAACUGAUCGAGCAUUUAAACGAGCCUGACAAACCAAUUUCACCCUGGUGGAAGGAAUGGGUAUAUUGCACAGGUAUGAACCUGGCAAAUAUAAGCCUUUGGCAAAAGUGGAUGGACAGAUGUAUUAAAGAACGAAAUAGCACGUGCUUAACUUACUUGUCUUGUGUUGACACAAAAGAUGUCAUCAGCUAUUAUUUAGAUUACCUCACAGAGACACUUAUGUACGGAAAUUUUUCAAAAAUAUAUAAAUUCAUAAAUAAAACAGAGAAAUUGACGCUUUUCCACACUCUGUUUAGAAAACAAGCAAAGCACAAUGACAUACUUUCGAUGUUCGUAAAUAGACAGGAUAAAAUAAUUAAAACGAUUUAUCGUGACUUCGAAAUAGAUCCAGUGAAGUUGUUAAUAGAAGUUAUGGGGAAUAUAUAUUCCCAAGAUGGUUUUGAUAUGAUGACGAUGUAUGCAAAACGUUUGAAAUUUAAAAGUGCGACCCAGGAACGUCAAUUUCAUGACCUGAUCCGUUUUCGAAUUAAAAUAUUGGCUCGAGUAGCUACACAGUUUUAUAUAUUUUAAUUUAUAUUUUAAACAGAAAAUAUGGUUAGGAUCAGAUUGGGCUUAAACCAUAUUUUUUGGCUGUUUCAACACGAAGAUGGUAGUAGUAACAUGCAUAUAAGAUUGUUAUCAUUAAAAUUAUAUUAGUAUAGUUGAUUAAAAAAUGACUGUCUUGAUCAUAA